ACUGCACCUGUACGCUCUCGUAUCGUAUGCAACAAAAACAACCAGGGGUUUUAGAAAAGAGCAGAGAUUAUCCGAAUCCACUCUUUUGUUUGCCCAGCAAGCAGAUCUGCGGUCGGCUUAAAAGGGCUUCGCGCUGGUUCUAGUGCUUACCAAAAAGAAAGAAAAAAAAAAGAGAGAGAGAGAGAGUGAGAGAAAGAAAAAAAAACAUCAAAGCGGCUUUGGACUCCAGCCCUCCACUGCGAGGUAGUCUGACAGUCAGCAAGUACGCAAAACCGCAGCUUUCCUCCUGCCAGUGAAGCGAGCAGCAGAAGCCCCUCGCAGUGUAAAGACGACAUGACAGACUUGCACCAAGGUUACGCUGGACCAUCAGGAUGGGUCAUCUGUGCUGACCUUUACCAGAAUGUGCAGCUCUCUGUCCAGCGGUCAAUGGGCCAAAACAGUGCAGACAUCAAGUGGAAGAACAUGCAGAAUAAAGUGGCAAUUGCAGAGAUGUUUCUAAAUCACAGUGCUUCAUAUUUCGGGGAGUACAAAGGGAGAGUGAGCUGUGAUGCCCAAUGCAACACUCUCUGUUUACAAAACUUCACACAAGCAGAUGAAGGCAACUAUGAGAAGACAGAAACACCCAAAGAUGGAACUCAACACAAGUGGACAGUCCAUCUCUUAAUGCUGCGGUCUCCCAAAGGACUAAACAUUUCUGUUCCAUCCAAGAACAGCUCUGAUGAUGAGCUGACGCUACACUGCCAGGCCCAGGAGGGAACGUGCCUCUCCUAUUGGUGGCUGAAAGACGGCAAGCCACUCCCCCUGGACGGCCGCCACCAGCUGUCCCAGUGGAACCAGACUCUGAAGAUUGUGAACGUCACCAGAGAGGACUGCGUGAAUUACACUUGUGAAGGUGCAAACCGUCUGGGCUUAGUAGCAGCCUGGCGGUUGCUUUCAGAUAAGAACUCCAGCGCUUGUGCCAAAGCAACCUUCUCAGCCACCCAUACGCUGGCAAUAUCAGUGGGGAUCAUCUGCCUUCUGGGCUUCUGCCUCAUCAUCUACUGCACCCAUCGCCACCGUCAGGCCAUCUACAGUUGGAUCAGAGGACAACAAAAGGAAGAAAAUACGUACAUGGAGGUAGUCGACACAGACUUGGACCCCCGACGCCCCAAUACGCAUCACACACCAGGGGAAGGGGAAGACCCGUAUAACGGACAGGAACUUGAUCAGGCCUCAAGAGCUUCUGUGAUGGUCCAAUAUGUCUAUGCAGAUAUCCUUCCUCCAAGGGAAAAUGGAUGCAUUCACAGGGUCAAUGGGGACCUCAAUGACUCUGUUUACUCCACCAUCAUAUCCGAGAGUUCGCUCUGCACCAUAAGGGAGGACACUCGACAGCAGAGCUCCAGCGAAGCCCUUCAGGUGUGGUGACUCUGAGAGGACUCCUCUAUUAUGCUGGGCAGGCCGAUGCCAUCAAGGCCAAGUUGAUGGUGGGUAAUCUUGGGAAGAAUUAUAGGAAAUUCAGAGCCGAGCAGCUCAACCUUGAACCUUUUUGACUUUAUUUUGUUGGAGCAGGAAGACGCCUGCUGGGGUGACCCAAACAGUCAGCACUUCUAGGACUGUCACACCCAUCCAUGAAUGCAGUUCUCAGUAUCCCUAGGGAGGCAAAUGGACAGUCCAGCAGGGUUUGUGGUGUUAGCAGAGGAGCUACAUUGCGGAGGUGGAGUGAACUUCCAUUGCCAGGCACUGUGCAACAUUCAGUGCAUCUUCGACUACUGACAAUAAAGACAAAUGGGAGAAGACACGAGGCGUCUCGGAUUUUUUUUUUUUAAAUACUUAAUUAUGGGUUUGGUUUCUCACGUCUCCUGCUCGCUGAUGGAUUUCCUGUUCGCAGACGACGAGCGCUCUUCGUGAAGCUUCAAUACGCACGUGCGCCGUCUUAUUCAAGCGCAUCUCCUCCCCAUCGGUUUGGAAACUACAGCAGCCCAGCUCGAGAGCUGGCACCCAGCAAGACAAUGGCGGACAGGCACCGCCGGGGGGUGACCCCCGGCAGACGGGACAUUCUUCUAGUCGCGCUUCUGGGUAAGUCCGCGCCCUUGGCUCACCCAAAUGCAUGCCAAUCUGACGACCGAGCGAUCGAAGUUAGGUAGACGAGGCGGAUAGUUUUACAGCUGUGAAAAUGGACAGAAAUGCAAAUGGAAAAAAAUAAUAAGUUGAAUAUAAGUAAUUACACAGGUUUCUUGUGAAAAAUUUUAGGAUUUAUAGAUUUGGUGUUUGCCGCAUCCAAACCUGGUGGCAGAGUCGCUCCAUCUUAUUGGGAGAUGAAGGCUUGAAAUGAAAAAGAGCAUCUAUUUUAGAAACAAAACGUGA